AUGCGCUGGGUGUCCGCCUUCCUUGCCCUGGGAUUAACAGGUGCAUUGCAAGCAACUGCACUGGACGCUACGAUCUUCACGUUUCCUCCCAAGUCUGCAACCUCUUCAACUAUUAAUCCCCAACAACAAACAAUAUCAGAAGAUGAGGCCCGGCUUGUCUUGGAGCUUCGCAUGAAGUCCUCUGUGGCAUCGGUCCUCGGAACUGUGAAUGCAGAUACCGUGAACCACUUGAAUCAAUUUGCUCAAGAUGAUCUCACUCUCUUUGGGGGAGCUACUGGGGGUUUUGUUCCUAAGAAGAGCAUUCUUAUUCUGGAAGGGGUCAACCAGGAAGUUGCCCUAGUCAUGCAAAAAGCCCAACCAAACCACCUCCAUGUUCCGCAAAUUUCCUCGCCGUUUAUCGGGUUUGACCUCCUGGAAUCAUUCAUCGAAAGCAGCCCCACUUCAAAAGAGGACCGUGGACAAUUCUGUACAUACUUCAACGAUGCCAGCAGCGCUGCAUCAUCGACAUCCCAGGUAACAAAGCCGAAUUUCAAUGAUCCUCAUGUUCCCUCGCUAAUCUUUCAGUUACAUCAGACUCCUAAGGAAUGCUUAUCCAAGAACCCCAUGUUUGCUGAUGGGUCUGAUUUGCUUACCCGUGACUUCCUUACACUGGUUGAUUCAGUGGAAUCUUGGAUAAGCAAGGAUCACAAGGAUUCAGCUUUGAAGUUGUCCUUUAAGAAAGCUUCUGGUGAUUCCAAGCUCCUAGAGACAUUGCUUCUUCACCUAGCCGAAAUAUCGUCGACCAGCAACCGGGAAAUCACGACAAUCGUUCUACCCCCCGGUGUUAAAUCAGAAGGAUCCAACCCCCGAGGCGCGAGGCAAUCAUUGGCACCAGUCGCUGCCCAACAAAAUGCCUUCAAGAGGUCCACCCCGCAUUCUACAAUCCCGCUGCACUCAACCCUCGCGCCUGUCUGUCAUGUUUCAAACGCCUCGUGUGUCGAAUCUACCAACGACUGUUCCGGGCACGGGUCCUGCUAUCGGAAGUACGGCUCGGGUGUUGAGGGAAGUUCGGGCAAUUGUUAUGCAUGCCAAUGCAAGGAAACUAUUGUUCAGAAUAGCGAUGGCACCACCAAGAAAGUUCGGUGGGGUGGAGCGGCUUGCCAAAAAAGAGACAUCAGCUCACCUUUCUUCCUUGUUGCAGGCGUCAGUCUGCUUGCCAUCCUUCUCGCUGGCAGUGCGAUUGGAAUGCUUUUCAGCAUGGGCUCACAGGAGCUACCUAGUGUCAUCAGCGCUGGUGUAGGAGGUCCUAAGUCUCAGAUGUGA